AUGACGUCACCAGUCCCUCCAAUGUGGAAACAGAAACUCGGCACAUUGUUCAAGCGAUUCGAUAAGGCUGGCAAAGGUCAUUUAACGAGAGAUGAUAUUAAUUCCCAAGUCGAUCUUUUUGAAGCAAAGGGGUGUCUGAAUUCGACAGAUGGAAAUGAGUUAAGGGAUCUAUUUGGAAAGCUGUGGAGUUUCUUUUUUAAUGGAAGUGACUCUGUAGAUCUCGAACAGUGGAUCAAAUCGCAUUUGACCCUGAUAAUCCCUGGAACCUCCAAGGUUAAUGUCUGGGACAACAUACUGAAGCGCACUGGAACGCUGAUGUUCAGAGCAGCUGAUAAGCAAGGGAGGGGCAUAAUGUCGGAAGAGGAAUUUUCAAUUUAUUUAACCUGCCUUGGAUUGGAAGGCGACAAGUUUGGUAAAGAUAUCUUUAAGAGACUAAAUGUUUCUUCUGAUGGAAAAGUCUCUGAAGAUGAAUUCUUACAAAUGUUUUAUGACUUUGUGUACAACAAGGAAGAUGCACCCAGCAAGGAACUGAUGGGACCACUUUGUUGUUAA